AUUUCAGUUGUUUCUAAGCCUGAAAGACUAUUAGAUGAUAGUACCUUUAACAAUCAAGAAUCGAAUGUCAUACAUCAAAAAGUUGCCCCAAACUCUGGGGCUAAAAUGACGACGAUUGAACCGAUUUUUUUCCUACGAUUGUGCGAACGUUGCAAUCGUUAAAUCGACCGACAACACCCAUCUUAACACAUUUUUAGAACAUGAGAAGUAAAUGUAACAACUGUUCCUCAAAUAAUCCUAAAAAUAGAACGGAUUGUGUUUAAUUCGGUGUUACCUCAAGAGGUUGAGAUACGAUGAUGGUGAUGUUUGCGAACAAAUUUUAUUACAUUACGUUGUUUUCUGCGAAUUUGUUAUGAGAAGGAAUCAAAAACUCGACCUCCACAACACGCCAGGGUAAUAUUUUUUAUACAAAAAUGAUGGAUUUGAACAUUAGAAGAGUAAAAUGUGCUUAGAUUUAAUUAAUAUCCCGCUGUCCUAGCAGUAAUGAUAUCCGGUGCUCCCAAUUCCGCAAAAACGUGAUGGGGGUGGAUCCAAACACCCCCCUAGGGAAUGUCAGGGGUAGCGUAGGACCUCCGUUGUCCCAAACGACCACAGUAUCGUCAAACAUCGUUCCAACAGUCAACAAAACAGCGACAGCAACAACAACAAUCAGCCCAAGAGAACAAAUAAAGAUAGAAUUUUAUCGAACGUACGAUGUUAUGACUGGUAUUCGUAUAGCUGCCACGUUAGGCGGAUUUUUCAGCCUCAUGGUUAUCCUAAUUGUAUACAAAUCAAAAUCGAAGACUGACGAAGCUCUCAAAGAUCCAAAACUGGCUGCCGCAGCUGUUGCUGAAGCUGAGGAGGAAGAACAAAGACAAAUACAAGCGGUGGUCGAAGCAACUCUCUUUGAACAACUCCAUCCUAAUGUUCCAAGGGGAUCUAUUGACCUGAGCAGUUUACCUGCUUCCUGGGCAAGAACAGCAAGGAGAUUCUCCUCAAUCGGUGGCUACAGUAGUUUGUUAGAAAGACGAUCGCAAUUUAGUUCACAACUACCUAGUUUCGACGACGAGGAGUCCGCUGGAGACGAAGAGAAAACUGAAUACGAUGACGAACUGACUUAUAAUCGAUGUUUAGAUGUUCCACGUAGACCAAGCAACAUAACAUGCUCGUCCUCUGGCAGUUCCUACCUAGAACGAAGAAGUUCCUCGAUUCUGUUAGGCCUUCCAACAAUUCCGAUUCAAAGAAGUAACAGUCGGCGUAGACAAUCAUCUCCAGUUCCGGAACAAAGCGAAUUCUACUACCCCAUAGACAUCAGAGUGAUCCAGCCCACUCCUCGGGGAUCGCCGUGCAGUAGCGAAAGAACACUGUUCAACACGCCUUCGUCACGAUCACCUUACACCACCAAAAAAGCUCCACUCGCGUCCAUCAGCAGCUGUAAUACCUCCUUAUCCACGGAUUAUCCGGACUUCGAUGCCAACUCGUUUUAUUCUGAUGUGUUUCAAGACGAUUCCUUCGUUGAAACUGAAGACGAAGCAGAGAAUUUCUCCACGGACAGUGACUUCGAAAACGACGAUAAAGAAGACAAGAUACAAAAGAAAACAGCUGCCAUGAAAACAUGGAAAGAAAAGAGAAAACGGUUUGCAGCCAAAUGGCGUACGACAUCAAUUGAAGAUAAAGAAAGUUUCGAAGAAAAAAGUCCCGUCAGAAGAAAGAAGAGCGCGUGUGAGAGGCCAUCUUAUACUACUCCGUAUUUAAGUGUGGAUUUUGGUAUUGAGACUAGACGUUUAAGUGCCAGUUGCGUGGAGUCUAACAAAAGGCCUAAGUUUAGCAGGAGAAGAACUAGUUUGAACGACAAACCUUUCGGGCCUUCCUACAAAUUCCUAAGCAUCGAUAGACAGCCGAGUUUAGACGAAAGAAAAAUAAAUUUGACAAGCAGCUUCGAUGCGAGUAAUAAAAGUGUCGAAAAAUUAAAUUCGAGAACCCCAUCGGUUAGUGAUAAAGCAACCAAUGUGAGUGAAUCAAAAUUAGUGGAUGCGUAUACUUGUGUGGAUAUUGUGGCUGAUGAUAAAGACCAAAGACGUGAUCCAUCGAGUUCGAUCGACCUUUCGAAAUCGGCUACGAAAAGACAUUCUAGUUUGAGUUUACCAUCUUCUUGCAAGUCUUCAGUGUCUUUGUUAUCUCCGAUGACUAGUGAAGAAUCUGCAACUGUCACGCUCCCUACAUUGCCAUUAAGACAACGAUCGUCAUCUACCAAUCUGGAGAAGAGAGCCAACUCUUGGUCACAGGAAACAUUAUUUUAAAUUCUACACAUACUCUACUACCUACUGAAUGUAUAUUUUAGACAAAAGACUUUUUAUCUAUUGUGCCACAAUUUUUCUCUAAAAGAAUAUUUCUAAAGGUAGUUCCAAAAUACUAAAAAAAAAAAAAAUACAAAAUGAAGCUGUUAAACAUAUCAGAUAAUAUUUUUCUACUGCAGAUUUCCUUCACAAAAUUUUGUAUUAGUUGACCAUCAGAGAUGAUUUUAUCGAUCUUACAUUAGUGCCAUCCCUUGCGAUAAAUAUCGAAUUUACGAAAUAAUUACGAUUUUACUCGAAAAAAAAAAACAAAAGUAUAAUUUAUAAUAAUUAAAAAAUGAAAUAAAAAUAAUAAUUGUGAACGAAUUAUAGCAUAACCAAAUGUGUAGAAGUCGCUAUACGUGUAAAGUGUAAAUAUUAUAUGCCUUCAAAAUUUAUAGGAAACUGUUGUUAAACUUAUGUUGCUCAUUAAUAAAUAUUGUUGUCGUAAA